CGCGCUUCAGUCAUGGGGCUGGAGAAGAGAACUAUCAAGAUUAUUGUCAUUGUUGUGGUCGCUGUAGUUAUUCUUGGUGGCUUACUGGGGCUUCUACUCGGCCUCUUGUUGUACCCGUAUUAUGUAGUGUUGGAGGUGUGGCCGCGUUCGGUGGACGACUACAGAUGGGACCAGCCGCUCAUCCAGUUUCGACCUGAGGACCCGGGAUCCUUCCAUCCUUGGAUCCAGCGCACCAAUGAUUUCCUCAGAGUGUAUGAAACAAUGGUUCCCGAAAGCCCUCCCCGCGCACCUUGCACGACUCGCGAGCGCAUGCAUACAAUGCCUCGACCCCCGGACUGCGACCAAGCCAUGAGGAGAUGGGACCCGUGUACCAUCGAUAUGGGAUACGGGUACCCUAUGGGCACACCUUGUGUGUUCCUGAGACUAUCUCACAUAAACUACUGGACACCGCAUCCGUACAACUAUUCAAUGAACCUCCACAUCCCGCCUGAGAUGCCCAAGCACAUAAGAGAGGGAAUGGCUGCUGCAAACGGCAUAGACUACGUCUGGGUAUCCUGCCAAGGGGAAUUCGGAGCCGACAAGGAGAACAUCGGAACCGUACACUACAUCACCGGCGGCCUGCCUCCAGGGUUCCCUUUGAGCCGUCUCCACACCGCUGACAGGAUCCCCUACGCCAGCAGACAUCUCCCGGAGAAGGACCCUGGGCCGCUGGUUGGCGUGUUCUUUAAGGAGCCAAGACGUGGCGUGGUCAUCAACGUAGAAUGCCGCAUCUGGGCUCGGGACAUCUACUAUGACGGAACUGGACGCACCGGACGAGCUCGCUUCGAGAUCUUCGUCGAGUAGAUGGUUCCUAGCUUCUUAUGCUUGGCCUUUUUUUAAUGAAAUAGGCAGCAAACGAGCAGACGAGCCGCCUGAUGGGAGGCAGUCAUCGCCGCCCAUGGACAUAAGCAACAUCAGGGGAGUCACUUAUUAUGCGUUGCCGACCUUUGAGAACCCUAAUAAUAGGUAUGCUUUUAAUAUGGCCCUAUAAAUAAUUGGCCAUAGCCAAAGAUGAUUUUAUUAAGGAUUGACAAUGUUCAUACUAAGCAUCGUACCUCCCUUUGUUAGCGCCAUCUAUUUAAUACUAUAAUAACUACAAUGAUAGGACCUACAUUUUUUUUUCCAAAAAGUGUAUUGACGUCAUAUUAUGAUAUUAA